CUAUCACCUGAAAUGCCACCUAAAACUUCUAACAAAAAUUUGGAAUCCGAAAGUACGUUACAAGCCGUCAUUCUUGCUGAUAGCUUUAAUGAACGAUUCCGUUCCAUAACCCUUAAUAGACCAUGA